GUUGUUGUUGCAGUUGUAGUUAUCAGAUGUUUUGAUAUGAUAUCAGAUCAGUUUCUGCCACAGAUUUUGGUCGACUGAAAUGUAAUGCGAAGUUUGCAAAAAUGCAGCUAUAAACAAUUACAUAUGAACAUUGCAAUAUGAACGCGGAUGCGGAUGUGGCUUUCACGAGCUUUUACAGCACCGUGGGAAGCCAGUUGCAGCAUGCCGACCUGUCGCUGUCCACGCCUAUACACUCGCUGGAGCCUGAUAACUUCAGUGGAUUCUUUGACGACGAGCCCGCACUGCUAGGCAUUCCAUUACCCAUAGCAACUGGAGCAGCUGCAGCGAGCACCCAUAAGAGCACCUCCGCUGGCAUCGCCGAUUCGCCCUGCAUUCCAUUCGUACAAAUCCAUACGACCGACUUGCAGCAGCAGCCACAGCCGAGUCGCAGCUAUCGCAAUGGCUUUCGCCGCAAGACAGCGGAGAUUAAGUCUGAGGCCGAGCUGAUCAAAUCGGAGCUGGCCGAGGCGGCGGCCAAGGAGCGCACCAACGCCACGCCCACACCGCCAACGACCAAGGCAAUAGCCAGCGAUGGCUGCCAGUCGGAUUUGCCGUUGAACAAAUGUCCCAGUUGUCCGUUCCUGAGCCUCUGUCCGCUAAAGACGCAAACGCACAUCAGCAGCUGCUUCGGCAUAGAUGCACAGCAUCGUCUGCUCUGCCCAGGCUGUGCGAAUGUCUUCUAUAGCAUUGAUGUGCUCAACCUGCAUCUUAGUGCUGACCAUCAGCUGGAGCCGGAGGAGAUUGCCGCCCUUGCCAAGGCGAAUGACUCGUCAGCCAAAAAACUCCCACAGCCAAUGCCCAAGAGUCGCAUCUACAUCAAGAAUGUGAAUUGCCUGCGUGAGCCACAGCUGCCCGACUUUCUGCCCACAGAUGACAAUAUACUGGAUCUACUAGACGAUGUGGAGGAAGCUAGCAACUGCUCCAAUCCACAACAUCAGCAGCAGCAGCCGCCGCAUCAGAGUCAGGUGCUGCAGGAGCCGGCCAGUUCAGCUGUACAAAAGAUAUCUAUCAAGAGCGUCGAUGUUCUCAGAGAGCCAGCGCUGUUGCCCUUUGAUUUUCCCAUGCCCAGCAAUGGAGUCCAGCAGCAGCAGCAGCAGCAGCAGCAAGAACUGGAGCAGCUUCCUUCUCUGAUGAUCAACAGCAAUCUGCUGGAGAAGCCGCGCCAGCCGAAGAUCUACAUAAGGAAUGUGGACAUAUUGAAGGAGCCCAUGCUGCUGCCAGGCAUGGGCUUCGGCAAUGCGACCGCCUCGACGGUCGCCAGUCCUGCGGAGGUCUUCAACGCGGAGACAUUGCUGACACCAACGGGCGGACCGCUGCCUGGCUUUGAGCCGCUGACCAGCAUGUGCCCUGAUGCCUUCAGCUUUGACUCUGUACUGAGCAGUGGGGGCGGUGCGGGCCACAGUGCCAGCAGCGGCAGCAGCCACAAUUUUAGCGCUCUGGAUCUGGACUUCAGCGUGGACUUUGAGCAGAGCGUGCAAUUGGCCACGGAGCCCGAUCACUCACUGACCAGCGAGCAGCAGCAGCAGCAACAGCUAACGGAACUGGCGCCUCAGCAAGAGUUUAACCAUGAGCUGGAUAACUAUUUGCCCCCAGCAGUGCCAGCAACAGUUGCAGCAACAACCACGGCAGCAACAGCAACAGCAACCACGUCGAAGCAAAAGAUCUUUAUCAAGAACGUGGACAUACUGAAGGCGCCUCAGCGUGGCACACUUCAUCUGCGCACCGUGGACGAGCUGAAUCUGAUGAAUCGCAACGAGGUGGAGCAUUUGAUUGUGCCGAACCGUGAGCCGCUGCCCCUGGAGCUGCCUCUGAAUGCACCGGCUGUGGCCUUGGAGCCCUCACUGGUCGACUUGCCGCCGCCGCCUCCUGCACCGCUGAGCUAUGACGAUGGCUACGACUUGGCCGAGGACCUGGAGUGCUGGCCCUGGAUGGAUGACGAAGUGGAAGAAGCGGAGCCGCAACCCGCGCAGCUGCAACUGGAGCCGCCGCACAACGACCUUCUGGUCAAGGACUUUCCGCAGCUCUAUGCACAGCCAGCCGCCACUUCGGGGCCUGUGCCGCCGCCCCUGGUGCCAGUCACCGGCUCGAUUGACGGCGCCGCAAGUGCUGCAGACAGUCUGAGUGGCCUGCCCGUGCCGCCGCUAGUGCCUCUGCCCAGCGAGAAGCCCGCUCGCAUCUACGUGGCCAACAAUCUGCUGCCCACUGCUGCCGCCGCUGCUGCCGCCGUGGAGCAGCCUCCUGUUGGCGGAACCUCCGUGCGCGGUCGGCCCUAUGGUGCCAAACAGGGGGCGGGUCAGUCGAAGCGACGAUUGGGCCAAGGCGCAGCGGCUCAGCAGCAGGAGCCCAGUGGCAAGAAGUGCACCGUCGAGGGCUGCAUGUUCCGCUUCAAGUCGCCGGCGACGCUCGAGUACCAUGGACGGUGCCACAAUGGAGCGCUGGGCUCGGCACAGCCGAUGAUCUGCCCGGAGUGCAAGUCGACGCAGUUCAGCAACUGGAACUGCUUGCACACGCAUCUGUGGCGGACGCACGCCAUCGACAUGGAGCUCUACUGCUGCCAGCUGUGCACCUUCAAGACGCCCAUCUACUCGCGGCUGGUGAACACCCACGCGAAGAUCCACUCCGAGGAGCGCAACUACAAGUGCGAGCAGUGCGGCAAGGGCUUCAAGAACACCAAGCAGCUGAAGAACCAUCGGCGGCUUCAUCGCACCCAGGGCCUGGGCAUGGGCAAGCCAGCCAGCGAGGAGCAACAGCAGAAGCAGUCGCAGCUGCAGCCAAUACUGCCCGUGCUGCAUCGCUGCGAGGAUUGCGGAGCUGCUUUCAAGCACCGGAAGACGCUGCGCGAGCAUCUGUGCAAGCAGCGCAACGAGCAGCCGCAGUGCCCCACCUGUCAGCGCGUGUUCAGCUCGAAGAGCAGCUUGAAGCUGCACAUGCGCAGCCACCAGGCGGACAAGCGGUUCAAGUGCGACAAGUGCGACUACGAGGCGAACGACCACAAUGCGUUUCGCCGUCACAUGGGCACGCACCGGGAGCCGAAGCGCUAUGCCUGUCCGCACUGCGACUUCCGUGCCAUCCAGAGCACUGCCUAUCGGAUACACCUGCAAAAGGUACACCCCGAGCUGGAGCUGUCCGCUAUUAUACACAAGUGCAAUGCGUGCAAGUUCUCGAGCAUCAACCACGGCCUGCUGCUGGUCCACCAGGCCAAACAUCAUCCCGUCGAGCCAUCCACUGCGUCGACCAAUUCCAAGAUCAAAGUGAAAAGCAGCCUCCAGCUCGCACAUUCCGCAGAUGCUCAAAGUCCAUCGAUCUAGAUGUCCUAUCAGCAACCAUAUAUCAAAAUGUGUACACCAAGUGCAGGCGCGUAGCUAGUAGAACUUUUAUACCAAAUUAUAUAUACAUACAUACAUAUGUAUCUGUAUGCUAUGUGCAUGCAUGCAUGUGUGUGCACGUAGCAUGCGAUGAACCAAUGUUAGUUAUGUCCAGAAACUGUUGUUAAGUCUGUUCAAGUGAGACGGUCCUCGUUUGUGAUCUGUGCGUGUUUUACAUUUACAACCGUUUUUAUAUAGUUCUAAACAGAUUCAAUUCUAUGUUUUAUACAUAUACAUAUAUACAUAUAUUGU